AUGAAUUAUUUUACAUAAAUAGUAAAUUUUAAUGCUUUCUAUAUAUAUUGUAUUUUUAAUAUUAUUGUCUGUAAGGCAUAUUUUAUCUUGCUAAUUAAUUAAUAAGGUCAAUUCUAUUAAUAAUAUUUCUCUAAGUUUAUUUAAAAGCUUUUUGUAAAAGUAGCUUUUUUAUAAAUCAUCUUGUAUGUAUAAAAAUUAUUUAUUUUCUUUCUAUUAAUUUCUCCUAUUAACUCCUCCAUCAAAUUUUUGUAUGGUAUCAAAAAAGUUAAGUAAAUUAUCUAUUUUUAUGGACUAAGAAAAAAAGGUUUAUCUUACACUAAUUUAAUUAUUUUUUUAUCUUAUCAAUCAUCUUAAAGAAUAUUUAUAAACUAAUAAAAAUCAAAUAUAUAAAUAUAUUCCUCCUCAAAUUAGAAUAAGAUGAACAGAAAAGCUUAAGUUGAAAAUACUGCUAAUUUAGUUAAAUUGGUAUUUACCACAUGCGUUGGAUUUUCAGGAGUUAUUGUUUCUGUCCUUGUUGGUAUUAAUUGCGCUACUUACUAUAAUAUGACCAUUUUACCAGCAUUCAUUAUCGGUUUCAUUCCUUUGGUUGUUCAUUUCCAAAAGCAAAAGAACACAAGCAAAUUAUUUUAUUUCAUGAUGUGGGUUGUGCACUUUUUCUGUUUUGUCUUCUAAUGUGUUUGGGAUUAGAGCUAUAACAACUAUUAUAACAGCCAAUCUUCCGAACAGACAUUUUAUUGUCCUAAAACUUCUAAAACUUUAAAAUCCGAUUACUCAAUAAAAAUUGGAAUAGGUAAUUACUAUCUCUUAAUGCUCAGUAUUACUUUCUUCCAUCUUUUAGAAUGUAUUCUUCUUGCAAGAAAGGUUUAUGAAUUAGCUGAUAGCAAAAAAUCUAUUUGA